ACAGGCGCCGUUUCCGGUUUGGUGUCGGCCACGGCUUUGCAGCCUCUGGAUCUUCUGAAAACCCGCAUACAGCAAAAAGGGACCACCAAAAAGCGCGUCAAUGCCUUGAGUCGCGUGCACCCAAUUUUCCGCUUCAUCACCUCCACGGUCCAGAAUAUUGUUAGGAAGGAUGGUUUCUUGGCAUUGUGGCGAGGCACUGCCCCAACAAUAACAAGAAACGUUCCCGGAGUGGCACUCUACUUCUAUGCGCUGCAAAACAUUCGCUCGGCUAUCGCAAUUAUACCGCCCUUAAAUGAGCGUAACCGCCCAAAUGUUUCCACACUCCCCAAAGCUUCUCAUGGUGGAAAUUUACUAGCGGGAGCGAUGAGCCGAACCAUUGUAGGAUUGGUUCUGAACCCCAUCACAGUCAUCAAAGCAAGAUUUGAGAGCGAUCGUUAUGCUUACAGGUCCAUGAUGGAGGGCUUCCGCGCCCUUCGCCAAUCUCCAGGCGGCUUGACGCAAGGACUGCUCGCCUCUGCCCUGAGGGAUGCUCCAUAUGCAGGAUUAUUUGUCAUGUCUUAUGAGUUCUUGAAAGAGCAAAAUGGUAAAUCCAUUCCUAUGCAUUGGGUCACUAGAAAACCUGAAUACACGUGCCAUUUGUCAGGCGGAUGUGCCGCCCUGUUCGCAACCACAAUAACACAUCCUUUCGAUGUCAUCAAAACUAACAUGCAAGUAAACCCUGCGAGAUUCCCCUCGCUCACACGGAGCGGGCUCAGUCUAGCCAAAGACCGAGGGAUUAUUGGGUGUUUUGAUGGGAUGUUGUUAAGAGUUGUCAAGAAAGUCCUUAGUUCAGUGAUUGCAUGGACUGUGUACGAGUCUCUACUUUUGUACUCAAGCACUAAGAUGUGA